CCUUCUCUCUCGCCACACUCCGCCUCCCGCCACCGCCAUGAACACUCGGGUCUUCUUACUAACCGCCCUGUGCAGCGUGCUAGGGCGAACCAGGGCGGCUGGUCAGCUGAACCGAGUAGGUUCUGGGGGCGUGGUGUAUGCAGCGGCGCCCCAAGAGCGAGGGGCGUAUGCCGUGGGGAGGGCGGGCGGACCCUACAACUACGGCUACAACACAGGGGACGGCAUCGCGAAGGUGGAAGUCCGUCAGCCCACGGGAGCUGUCGUCGGCUCCUACAGGUACUUCGAUCCCAACGGCAAACAGGUGGUUCGUUCGUACAUCGCAGACGAGAAAGGCUUCAGAGUACUAGGAAACGACCUGCCAAUCAGCCCCGACACACCUGCCUCGCAUGUGCUGGGAACACCUGCCUUCACCGGCGCAGUUGAAGGCACGAGUGAGUUCGACGUCCCGCCUCCUCUGACUCCAAACGCGCAGUACCAAACGACCCAUGCUGUCAACGUUCCUCAGACGCAGCAGCCCCAGUUCGCACAGCAAGAGGCUCUGCAACAGCAACAAAACGCUCUCUUGCAGGAACAGCAACGCCAGUUUCAACAGCAGCAGGAACAGCUGGAAGAGCAAAGGCGGCAGCUGAAGCUUCAGCAAGAGAAGCUCGAAGCCUUGCAGAGACACCUCGAGCAACAGCAGCAGAAUUUCCGACAGCAGUACGAAAAGCAGACGCAGCAACAGGUCUCAACGCAGCCUGAACCGCAGCCGCAGACUCUCUCCGGAGGCUACACUUCACCCUACUACUACUACCCACACCAGUACGACUACGAUUUCCCCGCAGGCUUCGCUUUCGCAGGGCUUCCGGUCGUGAAGCCUCCAGUGGGGGCGAAGAGAGUAAAUCCCGAGGAACCCUUCGCGGCAGGACACACGGCUUCCAGAGUGAAUACCCACCCGCCUGUGGCUCCUCACCGGAAUUACCUGACUCAUGACAACCCGAUCACCGCCGGACACACGCCGGAUCGUCGACACCACACCAACUACGUGAUUGGACUCGCCCGUUAAUAGCUAUUCUUUUCGGUCAGUGGUAUGUAAAAUUUUUGAUGAUUCCUGCAACGAGUAAUGAGUUAAUGGACCGAUAGAUCGAUGAGUAAUAUUUCCAUGAGUAUUAUGACAAAUGGUAGAGCUAUGUACCAAAGUCAUCAACGCCACAGAGCAUCUUUAAAAAUCCAUCAGGUGUGGGCGUCUGUGUUUGGGGCUGAGGUGUGGGUGCUGACAGAAAGUUGGUGGCGGGCGGGGGACGAUUUUAUUGCGUGCGGAUGUCUGGAAUCCAGUCUAACCGACAUGUUACCAUUCCUCUUGUGUCUGUUAUAGUGUCUCUGCUGAUGUCUCAUAACUAUUUUACCACAACUUGAGGUUAGUCUCUGCAAGUGUUUCUUCUGACUGUAAACGAGACAAUUACUUUGGGCGUUUCAUCUGAUUUGCACACGUUAAAAGGGAGUUUCCCCUUCAGUGUAAACACUACAAGGGCAGGCACUGCGGGAGUUUCCCCUUCAGUGUACACACUACAAGGGCAGGCACUGCGGGAGUUUCCCCUUCAGUGUACACACUACAAGGGCAGGCACUGCGGGAGUUUCCCCUUCAGUGUACACACUACAAGGGCAGGCACUGCGGGAGUUUCCCUUCAGUGUACACACUACAAGGGCAGGCACUGCGGGAGUUUCCCCUUCAGUGUACACACUACAAGGGCAGGCACUGCGGGAGUUUCCCCUUCAGUGUACACACUACAAGGGCAGGCACUGCGGGAGUUUCCCCUUCAGUGUACACACUACAAGGGCAGGCACUGCGGGAGUUUCCCCUUCAGUGUACACACUACAAGGGCAGGCACUGCGGGAGUUUCCCCUUCAGUGUACACACUACAAGGGCAGGCACUGCUUUGAGUUCCCCCUUUAGUGUACACACUAAAAUGAGUCUCCCCUGAAUUGUACUUUUUCACCACAUUGUUUGUAUAUGGUAACAUGAACUCCAUGAACAGUGUAUAAUUGUUAUCUAACAAUAUGUUGUUAACUACUUUAGUGUUUAAGUAAUUUAGAGAUAGAUUUGUAAAUUAUUAAUAAAUAUCUUAAUGUA